AUGAAGUGGACACCUGAAUUUGAUCCCUCAAAGGAACCCCCUGUAGUUCCUAUUUGGUUCAAAUUCCCCAACCUACCCAUUCAGUACUUCCAUCAAAAUGUUCUUUUCAGCAUCAGUAGGGUGCUUGGCUGCCCACUGAAAAUUGAUGCCCCUACCUAUAAUAUGGCUAGACCUGCUCGUGCUAGAGUUUUGGUAGAAAGGGACAUCUCACUACCUGAUAUAGAUAGGGUGUGGAUUGGUACUUCUGAAGAAGGAUUUUGGCAGCAAAUAGUAAUGGAACAAAAGCUAGGAUAUUUUCAAUAUUGUAAAAUGUUUGGAAAUAAUGUGGAAAGGUGCUAUAGACUACACCCUGCAUCUAAAAGAAAAACUGCUGGGGUCAGAAAUAGUUAUAGACAAGUAGAAACAAAUGGAAUGGUAGUUGCAGCUGUUGAAACUGAGGUUGUUGUUAAAAAUACUAUUGGGGUUAAACCCAAUAAUGGUUCUGUGGAGCAAGAGGAAGCCAUUGGCAUUAACAGAAAUUUGAAGGGAAAUAUUAUGCAUGAUGACAACUUAAUCAGUAUUAAUCCAAUUAGAGUUGAAGACCAGAGAAUUGACAGUUUGACUGAUGUCUUAACUUAA